AUGGGGACUGCUGGACGGAAGCGCAAACGCGGUGGUGGUGUAUACUCGUCUGGUACAAGUGAUACUACUUGCGCUGAGGCGACGACUACAUCGACUACUACUACAUCGACCACCGAACCCACCCUCACCAAGACCAUCCGCCCAAAGAAACCGCGCAGACAACCAGCAGCACCCAAGACGACGAACCCGAAAACCAAGAAACAAAAGCCAGCAGCCCCCGAACACGAGCCCAUCGACCCGCCCCCAAACUGGGAACGCAUGUACACACUCACGCGCGAGAUGCGCAACAAGACCCCCGCGCCCGUCGACACCAUGGGCUGCGAAAUGGUUGCAAACAACGAGCCCGACCCGCGCAACCGCCGCUUCCAAACGCUCAUCGCGCUCAUGCUCUCGUCGCAGACCAAAGACACCGUUACGGCGCCGACGAUCUGGAAUAUGCAGAAGAACAUGCCCGGUGGCUUCACCCUCGAAACAAUCCUCUCCCUCCCCGCCCCCACCCUGCACACCUACAUCAACAAAGUAGGCUUCCACAACACCAAAACAACCCACAUCAAAUCCACCGCCACUCUCCUCAAAACCCGCUUCGCAUCCGACAUCCCCGACUCCAUCCCCGCCCUCAUGUCCCUCCCCGGCGUCGGCCCCAAAAUGGCCUAUCUAGCCAUGUCCGCCUGCUGGGGCCGCGACGAGGGCAUCGGCGUGGAUGUGCAUGUCCACCGCAUCACGAAUCUGUGGGGCUGGCAUGUCACGAAGACACCAGAGGAGACGAGGAAGAAGCUGCAGGCUUGGUUGCCGAGGGGGCUGUGGCAUGAUGUUAAUAAUUUGCUUGUGGGGUUUGGGCAGUCGGUUUGUUUGCCGGUGGGGAGGAGGUGUGGGGUUUGUAGGCUUGCGGUCGAGGGGCUUUGUCCGGGGGCGGUUGGUGGGGGGAGGAGUGGGAUGGGGGGGAAGGGGGAGGAUGGGGAUGGGGAUUGGGAUGGGGAUGAUGAUUAUGGGGUUGGUGAGCUGGAGAAAAAGGAGAAGAGGGAGAAGAGGGAGAAGAAAGAGAAGAAAGAGAAGAAAGAGAAGAAAGAGAAAGAAGAAGACGGAGAGGCACGCGUCAAGCUCGAAGACAUUCCUCCUCACACCACUACAGCUGUCCCAGACAUUGAAGACCUCGGUCGCUCGCCCUCUCUGCCCGCAAGAUCAACACGGAGGAGAUCCAAGAGACCGUAG